AUGUUUUCGCAGCUCAUGAGGAACAAACACAAGCAGCACUGUUUAUGCCCCAAGGCCCAGCGCCAACUUCUUCACGCCUACUCCGAAACUAUAUCCUAUGUCAAUAUAGCCCUGUCCAACCACUCAACGGCUUGCAGUGACGGCACGAUCCUUGCUGUUUUCACGCUUGCCUAUCAUUCUAUGACAUUCGACUCUCAACCCCGGCCGGACCGGGGCCGGCGUCCGGCUCAGGGACCCCUGAACGCUGUGCGCCUGCUCAAUCUGUACGGUGGCCCGAUCGAGGUUGCCUCGACCCAUCGGGAAGCGCUGUUGAAGAUGAUUGAACUUCGUGGCGGGAUUAACAAUUUCGCAUUGCCUGGACUGGGCGGACUUCUUUGCUAUGCGGACCUCAUCUUCGCCAGCCGCAUGGUCCAGAGGCCCCGACUUCCUUUCACUCCCUGCUUGAAUAUGGACUUCGAGAGCCUUCUGUCGCGCGUCUGGAAAGCGAAUCAUCCCCUCCACAGACUUGGUCAAGGAUUUUCCAUCCUGGACAUUUUCGACUCGUCACCAAAGUCGUCUGAUCUCCAACUGGCUUUGCGCGGACUAAGUUUAUAUACUCUCGCCGUGGACGACUAUCUUGCUGCACGAUCCGUGGCACCGAGUCUCGCGGUGCUGGAAGAGCUGAGAUGUUUCGUGAUGCACGGGAUCCUAGCUCUGGCCCCAAUAGACCUACUGAACGACUCUUGCCACCAACCCGGGGCGGAUGAGGUUCUGUACAUCUGCCAGCUCGCCGCUCUCACAUACGGCUUGCUCUGCAUCUUCCCUCUCCCCGCAGCUCCCUUCGAGCUUCUGGCCAACCGCAUCAAGCAGUCCCUGUCGCGACACGACUUCACCAGAGCAUGGGCCGAAGCGCCGCGUCUCAUGUUGUGGAUCGCCUUUGUCGCCGCCAUUGCUUCGUCGAGCCUGACCAACAACGACACCAGGUCCUGGUUCGUGUGCACGAUCGAUCGCUGCCUCCGGAAGUUGCGGAUCGAGUCCUGGACCGCGCUCAAGGAAGACGUCCUGCUUGAGUUCUUGUGGCUGCCUGCCACGAACGACGCCGACGGGAUCGACCUGUGGGCCGAGAUCGUCGAGGCAUCCAGUCCCUUUGUCGCAGGUGGGGGCUGUGCGAGCUGA